UCUGGAGGAGAAGUGACGCGGCUGCCGGGAAGAUGGCGGCUGCGGCGACUCUUCCAUCCUCGUCCACGGCCACGGCCGCGGCCGCGGCUCUCGGAGAGGUGGAGGAUGAAGGGCUCCUGGCGUCGCUGUUCCGGGACCGCUUCCCCGAGGCCCAGUGGCGGGAGCGGCCCGAUGUGGGCCGCUACCUCCGGGAAUUGAGCGGCUCCGGGCUGGAGCGGCUGCGGCGCGAGCCCGAGCGCCUAGCCGAGGAGCGGGCGCAGCUGCUGCAACAGACGCGCGACUUGGCCUUCGCCAACUACAAGACCUUUAUCCGUGGCGCGGAGUGCACCGAGCGCAUCCACCGCCUCUUCGGCGACGUGGAGGCGUCCCUCGGCCGCCUGCUCGACCGCUUGCCCAGCUUCCAGCAGAACUGCAGGAACUUUGUGAAGGAAGCUGAAGAGAUCAGCUCUAAUCGCCGGAUGAACACCCUGACUCUAAACCGGCACACAGAAAUCCUGGAAAUUCUGGAGAUCCCUCAGCUCAUGGAUACCUGUGUCCGGAACAGCUACUAUGAAGAAGCCCUGGAGCUUGCAGCCUAUGUACGACGACUGGAAAGGAAAUACUCCUCCAUCCCUGUCAUCCAGGGCAUUGUGAAUGAAGUGCGCCAGUCCAUGCAGCUGAUGCUGAGCCAACUGAUCCAGCAACUGAGGACCAACAUCCAGCUCCCUGCCUGCCUCCGUGUCAUUGGCUACCUACGGCGCAUGGACAUCUUCACUGAAGCUGAGCUAAGAGUAAAGUUUCUUCAGGCCCGAGAUGCUUGGCUCCGUUCCAUCCUGACUGCCAUCCCUAAUGAUGAUCCCUAUUUCCAUAUCACAAAAACUAUUGAGGCCUGCCGAGUCCACCUUUUUGAUAUCAUCACACAGUACCGUGCCAUCUUCUCAGAUGAGGACCCACUGCUGCCCACUGCCACUGGGGAGCACACAGUGAAUGAGGGUGCCAUCUUCCAUGGCUGGGUGCUGCAGAAAGUUUCGCAGUUCCUGCAAGUGCUGGAGACUGACCUUUACCGGGGGAUAGGAGGCCGCCUGGACUCUCUGCUGGGCCAGUGCAUGUACUUUGGGCUGUCCUUCAGCCGGGUGGGGGCUGAUUUCCGGGGUCAGUUGGCUCCUGUUUUCCAGCGGGUGGCCAUCAGUACUUUCCAGAAAGCAAUUCAGGAAGCAGUGGAAAAAUUCCAGGAUGAAAUGAAUUCCUAUACCCUCAUCUCAGCUCCAGCCAUUCUGGGCAGCAGUAACAUUCCUGCUGCUGUGCCAGCCACUCAGCCAGGGACACUGCAGCCACCAAUGGUACUUUUAGACUUCCCACCCCUUGCCUGCUUCCUCAACAAUAUUCUGGUUGCCUUCAAUGAUCUGCGUCUCUGCUGCCCUGUGGCCCUGGCACAGGAUGUGACUGGUGCCUUGGAGGAUGCCCUUACCAAGGUAACUAAAAUAAUCCUGGCCUUCCAUCGCGCUGAAGAGGCUGCCUUCAGCAGUGGAGAACAAGAACUCUUCGUCCAAUUCUGCACUGUCUUCCUGGAAGACCUUGUUCCUUAUUUAAAUCGUUGUCUCCAAGUCCUUUUCCCACCAGCUCAGAUUGCACAAACUUUAGGCAUUCCACCCACUCAGCUCUCCAAGUACGGAAACCUCGGGCACGUGAACAUCAUCCUUAUCCAGGAGCCUCUCGCCUUUAUCCUGCCUAAGAGAGAGAUGGUCUUUUCUCUAGAUGACAAGGAGCUAGCGCCCAAGCUUACAGCUUCAGCACCGGAGCUUCCUGCCGAGGAGCCAAGGAUGGACCCAAGAGGAGAGCAGGUGGAGUGGCAAGCAAAAGGAUGGACUGCCCGCAUCAUCCAGCAUGAGAUGGACCACUUGCAAGGCUGCCUGUUCAUUGACAAAAUGGACAGCAGGACGUUUACAAACAUCCACUGGAUGGAGGUGAAUGACUGAGGCAUUCCUGCUGGAGCUGAGGAUCUGGAAAACCCUUGAGCUGGGAACAUCUUACUUGGCUUCACAUUGGUAUUAGUCCAGAUCUGAAAGAAAACAGUGGACUGCCAAUGCAUGUCGAACUGAUUUGGAGGAAUAUCUUAGGAAUGUUUAUUCAAGUCAGGUUUGGACAAAAUACUGCUACAACUUGAGAAAAAUAACCCCCCUGAAGUGGAUGUUACCUGACAAUUUUGUAUGAAGAGAAUUGGGGCAAGUAAAUAACCAUUCUCAGAAGUGAUAUCAUAAAAGUCUUGUAUAACCUACUCCCAAAGCCAAGAUUUCAUAAUAAUAGAGUCCCCAAAUAUUGGAAAACUGUGUUUAAAAAUGCAGGUAAGGCAGAGGUUGACCAUAUUCCCUGAGUUCUGCUUUUUACAAAAGGCUGUGUCUGACUUGCAGAGUCCUUAUUUGCCUUGGACAUCAGCUGCUUAUAAAAGUAAAACACAGGACAGAGUGGUCCCAAUUCAAGAAAGUGUUUAAUGACAUUAUUAAUGUAAAUAAGUAUCCACACAUUUUAACAGGUCCAGAUAGUUUAGGUCUCCACCUUUCAUUUUAUUUUUUAUUUUUUAAAAAUGGCAUCUUGCUGCAUUGCCCAGGCUGGGCUCAAACUCCCAAUCUUCUUGCCUCAACCUCUGAAGUAGGUGGGAUUAUAGGCAUGUACCACUGUACCCAGCUCAGGUCUUUUACCUGCCACCUUUAACAAAGUUAGAAAAAAGUUUGCUGCUAAGAUCUGUUGAAUAGCUGGUACUUGGCUCAUUGUUUGGGUGGAGGCCAUGGAACAGGGCUGCAGGUGGGGAUGAUAACUGAUAGCCCCUUCCUGUCAUAAUUAAAACGAAUGAGCAUUAUACUGACCAGUGUUUAACUUUUAAGAAACUGUCAAGAGUUUUGUUAAGAGGUGAAGGAAUUCCAAAAGUAUUAGGUAAAUUGUCUAACCUCAUUCUUAUAUUGAGGUUUGAGGUAUUCAGGUUUUUUUUUUUGUUUUUUUUGUAUUGCUGGAGGCUGUGCAAAGGCUCUAUCACUGAGCUACACCCUUAGCCUCUGAAGCAGGUAUUCUUGUAAAACAAAAUCCUCUAAAUCAAUGUAUACAGUGAGGACUGGGGGUAUAGGUCAAUGGCAGAUCAGAGCACUUGUCUAGCAUGCAGGAGGUCCUGGGUUCAAUCCCAAGUACUGCAAAAAUACAACAACAUGCAUGGUGGUGCAUGCCUGUAAUUUUAGCUACUUAGGAGGCUGAAGUAAGAAAAUUACAAGUUGGAGGCCAGCCUUGACAACUUACUGAGACUCUGUCUCAAAAACUAAAAAGGGCUGGGAAUGUAGCUCAGUGAUAGGGAGCCCAGUAAAUUAUUUAGAGAAAAAGUGUUUUAAACAGUAGUUAGACAAACCCAGGAAACACCCACUCUUGCCUGUAGUUUUCUCUAACUUUGGAGCAGGCUGACUGGCUGAAGAUGGAGUGAAGAUGGAGUCAAAAUGGAGAGGAGUCACAAGGAAGCACUGCCCCAAGGUUAGAGGCUCAGCUAUUAGGGAUGUUUGUAGAAAGCACUUCUUUACACUGAAAACAAUGGCCUUUAAAAUUAGAAUUCAGUGAGUAUUCGUUCACUUGAACAGUGUUCAGAAGCUCCUGCAGAGUGACAUCAAAACAUUCUAAUGCUUCCUUAUAGUCUUCUGAGGGUCACAGCCCUUUGUUAGUAUCAACAAAUCUUUGUAUUUCCAAUAAAGAAAACUUCUCCCACCAAGUUAUUGGCCACACAAACCACACAUACAUACCAAUCAGAAUCUUGAAUUUUUUUU